GGAACAUCUCAGAGCAUCACAAAACAGAAAAGAGGGUAAUCUGUACGUCAACCAAUCAUUUCUUAGAUCUAUAGGAAGACCAGUUCACCAAGACAUUGAACUAGACACUGUCAGUUGUUCGAAUCCAUUGCAAGAACCGCAAUAUGAUAAUAGUAAUGAAAACAUCGAGCCUGUCGUAUCAAGCAAUAUACCAACAGUGCAUCAGCAGAUUUAUUCACAACAGGAACAUCUCAGAGCAUCACAAAACAGAAAAGAGGGUAAUCUGUACGUCAACCAAUCCUUUCUUAGAUCUAUAGGAAGACCAGUUCACCAAGACAAUGAACUUGACAGCUGUUCGAAUCCAUUGGAAGAACCGCAAUAUGAUAAUAGUAAUGAAAACAUCGAGCCUGUCGUAUCAAGCAAUACACCAACAGUUCAUCAGCAGAUUCAGCAAGGACGAAAUGAAUAUGAACCUGAGAAUAAUGCGCAUGCUCAAGAAGAUGUGUCUCCUAGUAAUCAAGAUAAGACCGAUGCAAAUAUAUAUGCCAAUGCUAACGUAAUCAAAAACAAUCAUCAAUUUAAUAAGGAAGAAAUCAAAUUGUUCGAUGAUGGUAGACUUGGGAGUGGGAACUUUGGAGAUGUCAUAAAGGGAAUGGUGAUUGCAACUGGAGUCAAUGUAGCAGUAAAGGUUUUAAAAGAUACAGCAAGUGAUAAGGCAAAAUUGGAUAUUAUGGAAGAGCUGGCGCUUAUGAAGCUGUUUGAUCAUCCUAAUGUUGUCAAGCUGCAUGGGUGGUACAGAUCUGAUGGUACAUGUGCAAUCGUUCUGGAGUAUUUAUGCAAUGGUAGUUUAUUAUCACAAUUGAAAGGAAGAAGACAUGAUCUACAUGUUAGAGAUUUGGUAAAAUUCGGCCUUGAUACGUCAUUGGGGAUGGGAUUCCUACAUUCACAGAAGGUAGUCCACCGUGACCUGGCUGCAAGGAACAUCUUGUUGGAUGAAGAUUUCACUUGCAAAGUGUCCGAUUUUGGUCUUUCCAGAGAUGUUUAUGAACAGGGGGAAUACGUCACUAUAGGCGCUGGUGGGCCGUGGAAAUGGUGGGCGCCUGAGGUUAUAACAACCAAUCGGUUUACGUUUGAUAGCGAUGUUUGGAGUUUUGGCGUCCUCCUUUGGGAAAUAUUUUCAUUUGGGGAUAAACCUUACCGAAAAAUGAAGAAUACAAACUUAGCUGAAUAUUUGAAGAAUGGAAAUAGAUUAGAGAAGCCAGAGCAAAGUCCAGACAAUGUGUAUGAUUUGAUGAAGCGCUGUUGGAGUAAAUAUCCGAAGCAACGACCAUCUUUUGAUAACAUAGCCCUUGUACUUAAAAGAAUUCUUGAAGAUCUC